GGUAAUUGGAUAGAUGUUGUGAUCUCGUGAUAGUCACAGGGAUAUAAACUAAUAUCUAGUGAGAGUCCUGGCCGGCCUGAGGAUCCUAUUCCUAAGUAUCCCGGGAUGUCGAGAGGAAGCUCUUACACAGAUGCACAACAGCAGCAGCUAGAUGAAUCUAUUCAACGCGACCUAUUGCUGGGAUUCCGACCAAAGUCAGUGCCAGCUGUUUCUCACAACCGGUUCCUCUGGCCAAACAGAAAAGAUGUUCGUGUAAAGCUAGAAUUAGGAGAUGAAAAGAGAAUUGUUCUUGUACCGCGACCUCUGACCUUGGAGGGAUUGAUCCGGCAAACUCAGAACUGUUUUCCAGGCCACAAGUACACAAUGUACUUCUUCAACAGUGAGGUUAAAGGUCUGCGACCGUUAACAGCACAGACUGAAGUUGAUUUUGCACAAGACAUAUUUGACUCUCAAACACGUGCUACGAGUAUGAGGGUAGUACUCACUCUAGACACACCUUCACCCCCACAAGACCAGACUCCACCCUCUUUUUCUCCGGCAGCCUCCCCUCCCCCACCUCAGUCACCAGACUCACAGUCCUCAAGUCAUAGUGACUCCCCUGCACUCACACCGUACCUUCUACCACCCAGAGACUACAGAUUUUCCAAUAGGUCAUCGUCUGAUCCGUAUUCUGGCAGUGAGUUGGUUCAAGAGGGGGUUAGAGCAAGUCCUGACCCGUUCCAAACAUUCCCCAGAGCCUCAGGGGAUAUCGGAGGAGAUCCUCUACGAAGUACUUCACCGCCUCCUUGGUUCAUUGCCGAGCCUCACACACCACGAGUAAAGCAGGAUUUUUUGGAUGGUGGCGCUUUUAUACCUGAGACUGAAGAUGGUGGUCCACCGACAGUCACUGAGCCGUUCCAUCAGAGCCACUCCUCCCCUGAGCCUUCAUUACGCUCUAUGCCCUCCACACCCUCCGAGUAUACAUAUGACUCUAGAUCACCACCAGAUUCCAUCAGUUUGAGCAGUGAGCUUGUGCACAGGAAUGAGCCUCAUGUUCUAGACUAUGAAGAUGAUGAUUGCUACAGUCAUCUAUCCGGUCCGAUGGCUAGAACAUUUCCACGGCAGAAGAAGAAAAAGUCAUUGUCUGACAGAACAACUCCUCUUGAUCAAAAAUCAUUGUACAGGACCUACCCGCUGAAUGACCCUAACCGUCUGAAUACCAGUAGAUCCAACAGAAAGACCCUUCCCAGUGCUGAGACAGUUCUUAGCAGAGGCAACAGCUCAACAAGACUCAACGACGCUGAACUAGCACUGCAGAACUUGGCCCGGCUGAAUGUAUCCAGCAAAGUGACAGCUCCCACUAAUUGGUCCAAAGGAAAGCUCCUCGGCUCGGGGGCAUUUGGACAGGUCUUCCUCUGCCAUGACAAUGACACAGGUCGAGAAUUAGCAGUAAAGAUUGUGGAUAUCAAUCACAUUGACCAUGCUGCCCCGUCCACUGACUCUCUUAACAUGCAAAAGGAAGUAAGGUCAUUUGAGACAGAACUGCAAUUGUUGAAGAACUUGAGACACGAAAGAAUAGUCACUUACGAUGGUACAGAGAGAGCUGAUGGAAAACUUUACAUCUUUAUGGAGUUUAUGCCUGGGGGCUCUAUUUAUCAACAUCUGCGGGACACUGGAGCACUCAAUGAAAUUUUAACCAGAAAAUACACUCGGCAGAUAUUAGAGGGUAUUACUUAUCUUCAUGAAAACAAAAUAGUUCAUAGAGAUAUCAAAGGUGCCAACAUUUUACGAGAUUCUAAUGGGAAUAUCAAGCUGGCAGAUUUCGGAGCUUCUAAAAGAUUACAGACUAUUCGCAGUGGUCGUGCUGGAAUUCAGUCAGUGCAAGGAACUCCCUACUGGAUGGCCCCUGAGGUCAUUAAAGGGGAGGUUUACUCCUACAGAGCUGACAUUUGGAGUGUGGGGGCGACAGUAGUUGAGAUGCUAAAAUGUCACCCUCCCUGGUAUGAGUUUGAGCCAACAGCUGCUAUGUUCAAGAUUGUCACAGAGGAAACCAAACCAGACUUACCACCUCACUGCUCGGAACAUGUAACGCACUUCUUACAGCUAUGUUUUAUAAAAGACAAAAAUCAGAGACUGUCAGCGAGAGAAUUAAUGGAAUGUCCUUUCGUCAAUACUUAACGGCUAUUCAAGCAACUGAUAGCUAUAAUGAUGGAUCGUGUGUUAUGAAAUCAGAUUCAGGAAGUUAUAUGGACAAGUGCAAAUUUUUUUUAACAAGAUGUUUAUUACAAUGCAAUUCUAUAAUUUUAUGAUACCAGUAUACAUGCAGAGUGCAAUAAUAAGUAUUCCAAACGAAA